AUGACUGAUAUACAACAACUUAUGUCUUGUGAAAAAUUCCUUAAUGACUUAAUUGGUAAACUUGUUUCUAUUAAAUUAAAAUGGGGGAUGGAAUAUAAGGGUGUGCUUGUGUCAAGAGAUGCUUAUAUGAAUUUUUUAUUAACAAAUGCAGAAGAAUGGACAAAUGGGGUUAUAGCUGGUAAAGUUGGAGAUGUAUUAAUAAGAUGUAAUAACGUUUUAUAUGUUCGUGAUUUAAGUGAAGAAAAGUUAUGA